CAUUUUUCGGUGUCUUUGUGUUGGCUUGAAACGGUCACACACUGCUGUUGUUGUUGCUUGUUCCGGUUUCCCGGUGUUUUCAUGUCCCAGGAAAAGGAUCCUAUCCGUAAUUCGGACAGCGAAUGAUGCAGCGAUCCCGUGCCAGCAGCACCAGCAGUGGCCGCCUGCCGGCUCCUCCGCCCAUGGGACUUCCCCAGCCGCAGGCACAUCCCCUGGAGGCGCCCAAAAUCAUCGUGAUCCAUCCGGGGUCGCAGCACCUGAGGAUCGGCAGGGCGGCCGACUUGAAUCCGCUCACCCUGCUCCAUGCGGUGGCAUACAGGCGGCGACAGCGGAACACGUCUGGCGACCAUCCGCACCAUGAUCCCCUCCUGCCGCCGCUGGACAACGUCAAUACCGCCCUGAUGGUGGAGUUCGAGGAGCAGCGCCUGGCCGUGUCGCGCAUCCUGCAGCAUUGUUGCGUCGUCGAUGAGAAGAAACGCCUGCGGGUGGCCACGCCGCCGCAGCAGCUGGCCCACUUCAACCGCAGCAGCCAAGCCGAGAAGGUGCCGCCGCCAAGUGGCCAGCCUGCGGAGGAGCCCUGGCUGGAUCGCCAGGCACCCGUCCUGUUCGAUGACAGGAUCCUGCGACUCAGCGCCCUCGAUGCCCGCGACUACGAUAUCCAUUUUCCCAUGCAAAGGGGCGAGCUGAAUGUGCACAAGGCGAAGGGUGGCUCGCUACAGGCCAGCCUUCAGCAUUUGGAGCGCAUCUGGUCUUACGCCCUGGAGGCCCGUCUGAAGAUCCCGUUGCGUGAACUGGGAACCCACUGCGCUGUUUUGGUGGUCAACGAUGUUUAUGUGCGGCGGCAUCUGCGCGAGUUCAUGACCCUGCUGCUGCAGCGCUUGGGCUUCCGGCGCUGCUUCCUCGUCCAGGACAGCGUGGCCUCCACAUAUGGCGCCGGCGUUGGCUACGGCUGUGUGGUGGACAUUGGCGCCCAGAAGACCUCCAUCGCCUGCAUUGAGGACGGAAUUUCCCAGCUGGAUGCGAGGGUGAGACUGCCCUAUGGCGGCGGCGACCUUGAUCAGGUGCUCCUCCUACUGCUGCGCAAAUGCGGUUUUCCCUAUCGCGAGUGCAAUGUCCAGGACAGUUAUGUGGAUGCCCAUCUGCUGGAUGAGCUUAAGGAGAAGUUUUGCCAUCUCAAUGCCAGCGUUUGUGGGGCCCAGGAGAAGCACUUUAACCUGCGCAAGCAGAACGGCCAGUGGCUGCGCUACACCAUCCAGGUGGGCGAUGAAGCCAUCAUGGCACCACUUGCCCUCUUCCACACCGAGCUCCUAAACAUCACGGGCCGCACGAGAGCGGUAUGCACUCAACUGGCGGCGCAGGAGCAGUACGACUGCGAAGACUGUUUCGAUGCGGAGUAUCUGAAGGAGACGGGCCGGAAAAAUGGGAUAAAGGGUGCCGAUAACAUGCCCAUGGGCACAGGAUCCCAGCCACGCCCCCAGCUGCCCGUGACCGCUGACGACGAUGAGCUGAUUGUGGUGGAUCAGGACGAAGCCAAUAGCAACUGCCAGCCACCGCAGGCAUCGCACGCAGCUGGAGGGCACCCAAAUACGAAUGGCUACUACCACAACGGCCAGGGACAGGUGUUGCCCCUCGACCAGGCCGUAAUCCGAGCCAUCAACCGGCUGUCCAGCUACGAGACGAAGCGCAAGAUGUUCGGCUCCAUUCUGCUCGUGGGCAGCAGUGCCAAGCUGCCGGGCCUGGCCGCUUGGCUGGAGCAUAAGAUUAGCCAGCAGAUGCAGCCCACCGACAUUGAGGUGAACGUCUUCACUAAGGGCAUGGACGCGGGCAUGGUGGCGUGGAAGGGAGCGGCCAUUAUGUCCGUGCUGGAGAGUGCCCGUGAGCUAUGGAUAUCGCAGAACGACUGGCAGCGUUAUGGACUACGGAUACUACGCGAGAGAUCGCCCUUCCUCUGGUGAGAUGCCACCACCCCACCCCAUUGCAUUUCGAAUAUGUUUAGGGAAUUUGUAAUUGUUAGUAAUAGCGUUUAGUCGAAAAAGUACGAGGUUUGUAGGACCCCAGCAGUAGGGCAAGUGCCGACCAAAGCAGUGACGUCUAUAACAAGCGAUUGUCCUCAAGAAAACCUAAGGUUCAUGUCAUUAAAAGUAGUAUAUGUUUAUUUUAAGGCACUUUAACAAAAUACGCAAUACAAAAACGGGCCUCUGAGCCUGUUUUUGUUGAGCUCGUUUGUAUAUUUGGAAUUAAAUAUGUAUACUUGGAAGUAAACAAAUUUAGAGUCCAACGAUAAGCGCAGUAUAUACGCAAAUUUAACGAUUGCCAAAAAAAGAAAACAAAACAAAGAAUAAAGCUAAAGUCAUUGCUUUGGCCGUGAAAUUCGCACUUUAUCCGGCGAUAAGUAAAACACGACUUUCUUAUCAAAAAAAAUUAACGAAAAAUGCAUUUGCUAUAAAAAAUAGAACACAGAAAACAGACGUUCGAGUACAAAGAUCAGGCCAGGUACUUGGGUGCACUGGAGCCCAUGUAGUGGUACAGGUCCCCCAAAGUGGACUUCACCAGCUUCGCCUUGAUCGCUUCCCGCUGGAGCCGUUUGUAGGCCUCGAACCGGUGGCAUCCGCCGAAGCUGAAGUAGUAGUCGCCGCCCUCGCUGCCCGAGAUCCACAGCAGAUCGAUGGGGGGUACCUCGUCCUCGCUGGAUUCGCCCUGCGGGAAAGGAUAGAUGAACGUCAGUUGACUAACCAGUGGAGUAAGUAGCCGGGUAAACAACCAAGAACCUAUUUUUAGUGGCCUCGACCUUAUUUGCGUGCGAUAAGUGUAUGUAUCUUUUCUCCUACUAAGAUAAGAAUUUACAUUUUUUUGAAAAUCUUAUAAUUAAAACCAUUUUAUGCUAGAUUAAUACUUGUUCUUAGAGGAAAAGUUAAUCAAUUCUAUUAUACUAGCUUAAAAUGUCUAUCUCUUAUUUUUUAAAGAACUUUAUCAAAGCUUCAUAGGUUCACGAAUUAAACUUGAAAUGAGUUUAAAAUGUAAAA